AUGCCGAUACGUUGCGUGGCGUGUUGCGGUGGUCGAAGUAAUGUGGCACAAAUGUCUCGAGAAUUGGCCCAGGGUGCACAUGUGGUAGUUGGGACACCAGGCCGAGUUUUGGAUCUGAUUCGUCAAGGUAGUCUUCGGGUAGACCAUUUGCGGUCAUUCGUCUUGGACGAGGCCGAUGAAAUGCUCAAUCGUGGACUGCGGGAACAGCUUGAAGAGAUCUACCGUCGACUUCCGCUAGCCGAUGAAUGGGCACUCACGUGCGGUGCUCGACGGGAGGGUACACAGUGUGUAAUCGUCUCUGCGACCAUGCCCACGGAACAGCUGGAAAUGAUCCAACGCUUCACGCGUAACCCUGUGCAUAUUCUCGUUCCCCGUCAUAUUAGUAUGUCUCUCAAGCCUCUGAUCCGUUUNGGUGCAGUUGAGGCAUUGCCGGCGAUCGAUCAAUACAAGUAA